AUGCGUCUGGCGGCACACGGUCAGGCGCUCCAGUACCAUGAUAAGGAUGCCGUCGGGAAUGUGGCAGAGCUUGUAUCUAAGCCACCACAGCGGAUAGAAUCGGUGACGUAUGGGUUUGUACUGUGCUUCAUCAACACCGACGCAAAGAUACAAGUGCCUGGGAAUUUCAACCACGGGGGAGCUCGCCGUGGGCCCAAGUACGAGGCACUGAAGAAUUCGGGAGGGCAGCGCGACGGACCGCUCGCAAGUGAGGAUGGGCUGGGGGUGGCAGCACCUGCGGAGGAGACGGUUUUUGAGCUCGCCGAGGACCUGCUGCCCAUCCCUGAGUGUGAUGCCGAUCUGAUGGAAGACCUGCCCCCAACCGACCACCGCGAUCAGUGUGACGGGCUAGAGGAAGGGCUGGGGGGGCAGCAAGGCCAUGGGGUCGGAACGUCCUUGGGGGGUGGAAUUGUUUGGAAAGAAGGCACUGGGAUGGGAACAAGGCUGGAGGAAGUGGGAGCAGAGUCGGAAGGGGUGAGGGUAGGAGCAAUGCUGGAGGAAGGGGUGAGGGGGAGGGGAUGCGCUGGGGCGGGAAUAACCCAGGAGGUCCAGGGCAUAGGGGUGGGGGUUGGAAGUGGAGGGCAAGAAGGCAUUGGGAUGAGAACAGGGCUAGGAGAAGGGGGAACUGGGCCAGAAGAGGUGGGGGUCGGAUCGGUACUGGAGGAAGGGGGGCGGGGGGGAGAAUGCCCUGGGAUGGGAACGUCCUUGGAGGUAGGGGUGGGGGUAGGAAUGGGAGGUCAAGAAAGCGCUGGGAUGAGAACAGGGCUGGGAGAAGGGGGAACUGGGCCGGAAGAGGUGGGGGUCGGAUCGGUACUGGAGGAAGGGGGGCGGGGGGGAGAAUGCCUUGGGAUGGGAACGUCCUUGGAGGUAGGGGUGGGGGUAGGAAUGGGUGGUCAAGAAAGCACUAGGAUGAGAACAGGGCUAGGAGAAGGGGUUGGAGUGCCGGAAGGGAACGUUGUGGCCGGAACAGCACUGGAGGAAGGCGAUGGGGUUAAGGGUCUUCUACAGGAGCCUCCAAUUGACGAGGGGGUUUGGUUGCACGAGCUCGAGGAGGGGUGUCCUCAGGCCAGCUAUUUCUCCUCCCACCCCACCGUCGCUAGUACCUCCCACCCAGCCGUCGCUCUCCCUCCCAUUCCCGUAUCCUCUCCCUCACUUUCCCCCGUCACCUCUCCCUCCCACUCCGCCAUCGCCUCUCUCUCCCACCUCACAAUCACUCCGUUCCACCCCGCCAUCUCCUCUCCCUUACCUCCCCGCCGUCGCCUCUCCCUCCUCCCCGCCGCCGCCACUCCCUCCUCCCCGCCGUCGCCUCUCCCUCCUCCCCGCCGCCGCCUCUCCCUCCUCCCCGCCGUCGCCUCUCCUCCCCGCCGUCGCCUCUCCGUCCUCCCCGCCGUCGCCUCUCCGUCCUCCCCGCCGUCGCCUCUCCCUCCUCCCCGCCGUCGCCUCUCCUCCUCCCCGCCGUCGCCUUUCCCUCCUCCCCGCCGUCGCCUCUCCCUCCUCCCCGCCGUCGCCUCUCCCUCCUCCCCGCCGUCGCCUCUCCCUCCCUCCCGCCGUCGCCUCUCCCUCCUCCCUGUCGUCGCCUCUCCCUCCUCCCUUCCGUCGCCUCUGGCGACAGGUGCACGAGCGCAAGCGCGAGUUGGUGCGCGAGGGCGGGUCGAUGCGCGAGCUCGGAAGGGUGCGCGAGCGCUGUUUGGUGCGCGAGCGCGGGUUGGUGCGCCAGCGAGGGUUGUUUUCUGA